CAGCGCGCGGCCGGCAUGGCGGCGCGGAGGAGCCCCCCGCGGGCGCGGGAGCUGGAGCGGCCUCGCGCCCCCGCCGCAGGUUGGAAGGAGUCGGUGACAAAUGAGAGCAGUGCCCACCGAGGGGGCAGCAGCCAGGCCCGCCUCAGACAUCGCCGGCCCUCCAAGUCCACACAGAUGAGCACCGCCCAGUGGGAAGUAGGCAGAGGCUCUUCACAAGGGAAGAAAGGAAAUGACCAAGUUCACUCUUGGACGUUACUCACGAGCCAUGCCUUAGACACGGUGUGGAGACUAGCCAAGGGGUCUGUGCUGUUGGCAGUGUCGUUCCUGGUGGCCGCCCUCUGCUACUUCAGGAGGCUGCAUGUGCGUUUAGGGCACCGGCUGAAAUGGUGGAUUGGAUACCUACAGAGGAAAUUCAAAAGGAACCUCAGUGUGGAGGCAGAAGUUGAUUUACUCGGUUACUGUGCAAGAGAAUGGAAAGGGGAGACGCCGCGUGCCAAGCUGAUGAGGAAGGCUUACGAGGAGCUGUUUUGGCGGCGUCACAUUAAGUGUGUUCGACAAGUGAAGAGAGACAAGUACGAUGCGCUCAGAUCAGUGUUGUUUCAGAUAUUCAGUCAGGGCCUCUCUUUUCCUUCCUGGAUGAAAGAAAAAGACAUUGUGAAGCUACCUGAAAAGCUGCUCUUUUCACAAGGUUGUAAUUGGAUCCAACAGUACAGUUUUGGUCCUGAGAAGUACACAGGCUCACACGUGUUUGGAAAAUUACGUAAAUGUGUGGAAUUAUUGAAAACACAGUGGAUUGACUUCAGUGCAAUUAAAGAUUAUCACAAGAGAGGAAGUAUGUGCAACAUCCUUUUCUCUGAUGCCAUUCUGGAAUAUAAACUGUACGAAGCUUUAAAGUUCAUCAUGCUGUAUCAAGUCACUGAAGUGUAUGAACAAAUGAAGAUGAAAAAGGUCAUCCCCAGUCUCUUUAGACUCUUGUUUUCCCGGGAAACAUCAGCUGAUCCUUUGAGCUUCAUGAUGAAUCACCUAAAUUCUGUAGGCGACACAUGUGGACUAGAGCAGAUCGAUAUGUUUAUCCUUGGGUAUGCCCUUGAAGUCAAGAUCAAAGUGUUCAGACUGUUCAAGUUUAACUCCAGGGACUUUGAAGUCUGCUACCCAGAGGAGCCGCUCAGGGACUGGCCGGAGAUCUCCCUGCUGACCGAGGAUGACCUCCACUACCACAUUCCCAUCUUCUAAGUCUGGCGUGGGCUGGGCACCUGCCCAGGACCGUGGUCACGCUGGCGAGGAAAGUGUUUCCAGAAAACCAAAGCUAGUGUCAUAGCCACUGAAGGGAUUAGGACCUUCUUCCCAGGAUUACAGGUACACGGGAUGCAACAGCGCACACAUGACUUCUUUGUCAGUGAUUUCCUCCAAAGCAGCUGCACUAAUCAAUUUGUGGGUUGGUGGUUUGACCUUGUUUCUAAGGGCUGUGGACCCUUCACACAUGGCGGGCCAUUAAGGGCACGAGACCGUUUAAUUUGGACAAGAACAACAACAGAAAAAAAAUAGAGAAGAAAAUGAGUAGGGAAAAGGACUAACCUAGGAAGAGUGAAUUUCUUUGUCUCGAACUUUUACAAUCUUCAUUUCUUGUCUUUGGUUGAUGUUGGAUCCUCAUGAACUUGGCCUUAUUUUAUACCAUUACCUUUCCAGGAAUCUCUGUGGUAUAUUGAUUUUCUAGAACCACGUGAUUAGCUGUAAAAUUAUGUGUGUGUAUAUGUGUGUUUAUGUGUGAGUGUGUGUGUGUGUGUGUAUGUACAUACACACACACACACUCACACCUAUCCAUACGUAUAGUUUUAUAUGUACAUAUAUAUACAUAGAUAAACACGUAUACACAGAUAACCACUACUUUGUAAUGUUGUACAAUUUGUUUUAUAUCUCUUUACAUUUUUUGUUACGGUAGCAUCUGGCCAGGUUAAUACAUUUUAUAUAGAUAAAAAAGAUAAGUUCUGUAGAUUAAGGCAACUGAAAGACAAUUAUUGAACUGUCAUGAAAAUAUUAAACUGUGGUGGAGUUA